AUGCAGACGAAUUGCGGUACCUCAGCGUCAGCGCAGCAGCAGGCUGGCAGCAGGCGCAAAAGCGAGCUGGCCGAGGGAAUAUAUGAAGUUGCAAUCCGGGCACUAUUUCUUGGAUUUGCAUUCUGUUGUGGAAUCUUCAUAGCAUUUUACUUGCAGCCAUCAUGGCAGGUUUUUGGAUAUUACAUGUGCUUUCUGUCAUUUUUUCACUAUUCUGAAUUUUUAAUGAUAGCAAUAACCAAUCCUAGAACACUUUCUCUUGACUCAUUUGUACUAAAUCAUAGUAGAGAAUAUGCAAUAGCUGCAAUUUCCAGUUGGGUGGAAUUUUUUAUUGAAUGGUAUUUCUUUCCAGGUUUGAAGCAGUCUUAUGAAAUCACAUAUGUAGGAAUUAUUUUGUGUAUUGCGGGGGAAGGAUUAAGAAAACUAGCAAUGCUGACAGCAAAAUCAAAUUUUACACACAUAAUUCAAAGUGUCCAAGAAGAAGGUCAUCAGUUGGUGACACAUGGUGUGUACAGCUACUGCCGUCAUCCAAGUUAUGUAGGAUGGUUUUACUGGUCAAUAGGAACUCAGUUGAUUUUGGUCAAUCCCAUUUGUAUCACGGGAUAUAUCUUGGCCAGUUGGCAAUUUUUUCGUGAUCGAAUAUUGAUAGAAGAAGUUACACUGUUAAAUUUUUUUGGAGAAGAUUAUUAUCAGUAUCAGAAAAAAGUUCCUACAGGACUUCCAUACAUUCAGGGGUACAAAAUUGAACCCUAGGUGUAGUUUUGUAUUUAACAAUUGAAACCUAUUUCAUGCUAACUAAAUAUUAAUGGCCAGUGUAGAGGUCUCACACGAUUUGUGUAAAUAACGCAUCAGCCUUCACCUUAAUGUUAAGUAGCAUGUUGUUUCUGUAGUCAGCUGCCAAUCAGUGUAAUUUCAGUUCAGCACAAUGAUAUUAUGUCUUCCUGAUUCAACUAAGCUUAGAAUGUGAGAUCUUGUGGUUAGAACUCUAAAGCCUUUGAGAUAUUUAUUUAGAAAAAUAUAUUUAUCACAUCAUGGAUUGUAAUUUUGACACAGUUUCAAUUUCAAAUUUCUGAAGUAUAGUAAAAGUGUUAAUGUUUGCUUGUUAAUGUACAUAAAAAUGUAUCAAUAUUGUUUAACCACAAAGUUUUGUUUUCAUACAUUUUGAGGAAAUCUUGUAAUCUGAUAACUUUCUGGAAUAAAUCAGGAAGCAAUAAUAAGAGUUUGGAAAUGGAAGUACUAACCAUCUGGAGGUGACUGAAAAUUUCCAGAAAAAUUAUUAUAAGUUGUUAAUGCUAUGAGUGUAUGGUUGAGAGGUGGUGAAAGCAAAGUGAAUGUCCAAAAGCUGGUUUCUAAAUGAUGUACUGCCAGAACUUUUUGAAGUUUGUUAAUCUUGUUAAUACAAGUAUUGAAUUAUUAUUCUUUUGGCCUUGUUUAUUACAUACCAAAAUUCCACUUCCCAAGUAAUCUAGUAUUAGAAUUUGAUCCGCCUUUUAAAUGUAUUCUUUCAUACACCAAUGAUGAAUUUCCCCCAAACCAAAACGUAUUCUUCGCUGAUUAGUGAACUUCUUUUGGAUGUCUUAUGGAAGCUGUAUCCUGUUUUCUUUUUUCCCCUCAAAGUUCUUAAACACUAAAUUUUUAUAUAUAUUUUUGGGGCUAGAAACUACUUAACUCUAUUGUUGAUAGUUUUUUAAUAAUUGAAUCUAAAGAAAUAAGGUGAUUUUAGUGUCUCUGUUAUAGUAAGCAAAUGCCUAAAUUUUUGCAAUUAAGUCUCAAAUAAGGCAAAUUUCUAAAAAUAGCAAUUUCUGGCAUGGUCAUAAUAAUUAAAUGCAAAAUCAAGGAACAUUUCUAGUUUUUAAAUAUUGCUAACUAUACUUUUACGUUAAGGGAGUUGGAUCAUUGUUGUGAAGUUCAAAAAAAAAAUACAAACAGUCCUGUUUGCCCAGAUGUCUUAAAAAUGUCCUCUCUGUUCAGUCUUGUUCAAUACGUGGUUCCCUAAUAAAGUUGGAAUUCUAAACAAUAAUUCAUAACACAGGCACACAAAAAAAUAGACCCAAAGAUUUGACAGAUGAUUCUAUAGAGAAACAUGUCUCAGGUACAAUACAUGGUGCAAUUCUGGCUUCACAUUCAGAUUCAGCACAUUGAAAUACCUUUCACCCUCCAAUUUUUUUUAUCGUGAAAUUAUAUUUUUGUUUUCGGAGGUAGUUGAAUGACCCAAAGACUGGACACAUGUUUUGCUACGUAUGUUAACCCUGAAUCGAAAAUUGAAGCUAGAAUUACACCACUCUUGUGCGAAACUUUUUUCUGUGUAUGCCUGUGUAAUUCAUAUAAAAUUAUACUAUAAACAUUUUAUUGAACAUUCAACUGUUAAAAACAUUAUCAAAGCUCUUAUCUAGCAAGGUUCCUAAGCACCCAUUUAGUUUUGUGGAUAUUUUUUAAACAAAUACCCAAAUCCAUCAGAUCAUUCCAGUUUACACCUAAUUGUUUUACAAGUAAUUUUUCAUAUCUUUAUUUUUGUUUUCAUGUCUGAAUGGGCAAUUUAUUGAUGUUCAGUAUGUACCUUCUACCAUGCAACAAAAAUUAGUCUCCUUCGUAAGAUAUUUUGUUCCCAUCACACCAAGGGAAAUAUUGUUCAAAAUUCAAAUAAGGUGAAACUGAACUCAAGGGUAGGUUAUGUACACGAUUGUACUCUUCUUUUGAACAAACUCACAGAUGGGGGAAAAUUUUAACAGAGCAAAAUAAGACUUGCAAUGUAAUUCAAGGUUACUGCUAUCAUAAGGGAAAAAUAAUUCUUCCUAAGUGGAAUGAAGUUCCAUUUGGACAGACACUCCACUACAGUAUGCGAUUGCACAAAGCAAUGUUCUCAGCGGUCAUAAUGACUGCCUCCUUCAUCUAGUGUUAAAAUUUUAAUGGAGAGUUCUAGGAAGAUUUAUCUAGUGACACUUUAUUCAAAACCGGAUUGUUACAUUACUAUUUCAAAAGCGAUUCUGAAAAAUAGAAUGUUUAAAAAUGUAUUUGAAUAUCUGCAUUUUAUUAUAGUUUAAAAACCAUAUGAUUAAAAGGCUCUUUCUGUUUUUAUCAAGUUCAUCCAGUUUCUGAUAUGUAUUAAUCUCUAUGUAUAAUUUCAUCAGAUACAGUUUUAAAAUUUAAAAAUUCCACAAUCAUAUCAAGAUAUUCAGUUGGAUAAUGUAAAAUUAUUUGUUUAGGAUAGUGUUACCAUUAUUAAAAGCACAGGGUGCCCACUUAUUUCCUGAAAUUUUUUUACAUUUUUUUACUUACUACCUAGUUACAUAACCAUCUCAAAAUGUUUCUUGACUUCGAAUGAUUCUACAAAUUUCCUGAUUUUUCCAAAGCAAUUAAAUUCCUUGGUUUUCCAGAAAGGGGCCACCCUGAUGCACAAACAUUGUGUAUGUAAAACAAGGCUGACUGGUUGCAGACUACCAAUACUGUUAUGAGAAUGAAGGUCUUUGAAGGAAUUUUUUGGAAAAAAUGUACUUGCGACUUCUAAUCAUAUUAUAU